UAACUGUGGUCCCCAAAUGUCAUCCAGCUGCACAGCGUAGCCAAAUUACUUUAUUUAUUACAUUUAACCAAGAAAUUAUACGAAAUGGAAAAGUGGAUUAUAUAAAACUGCCCCUUGACUGAAAAAUUGUAUGAAGAACUAAGGUUGUGUCAACUAACAAUUUCGGUAUCUAUAGCCACAUCUUUUAAAUGUAAACAGCAUGAUUACUAUAAUUUUUAUCAGAAUAUUUGUCAGAUAGUUUUUUUUAUAUUUUACAAUGAGCACGUAUGAAAUAAGUAAGUCGUCGCUGUUGAGCUUAAAAGCAGAAAUUUUGAGAAAGCAGGAAGAAUUGACCAAGGCAAAAGUCGAAAACGAUCAGAAAAUCAAAGUUAUUAAAAAGAACAAUCCUCUGGAGUUUAAAAAUAAAGGAGUUGAAGAAAGAGGUUCUCGUGACUUAUCAGAGGAGGAUUUAGAUUUGUUGAAAUUGUCAAGUGCUCGUUUAGAAGCUAAAGCAACUUUGUAUGAAAAACUUACCAAUGAUUCAAACCAAAGUAAUGAUCUUGGAAACAGAUAUUUAGUAAGAUUUGAUAAAAAGAAUCCAGUUAAAAGAGACCAAGUUUCAGUUCACAGUAGUGAUGAUGAAACCCAUUUUUCUGAUGAAUAUGAAUCUCCAUCUGAUCCAUCUGAAGAAUGGGUAGAGUAUGUGGAUUGUUUAGGUCGAUCUAGAAAAUGUUUGAGGAAGGAUUUGGAAUAUUUGAAGUCAAAAGAUGCUGAACUAAAAGUGAUAGCUGAAGAAAGGAAGCAGUCAAGACCAGUAGAGAAAGAAAUUGAAAAUGUUGUGGAUGUCUCCCUUGAUACAGAUCUUGGAAAUAAUAUGGAACCAAAGGAAUCUGAAUUAAUAUCAGGAGACAUGAGAAGGGACAUGCUUAGGCGGCAGUGGGAAAAAGAGGAAGAUGAACUGAUGAAUAGAACAAAUGUGCACUAUCAAAAUGUUCUUUUCAAUGAGGCAAGAACACAUGGUGUUGGCUACUAUGCCUUCUCAAAAGAUGAAGAGAAGAGAGAAAGGCAGUUGGAAGCAUUAAAAAGUCUAAGGAAAGAAACAGAACGGCAACAGAAUAGGGCACAGUAUCAAAAGGCUUUGAGAGAGAAACAGCUCGCUGCAAGAAUGAAAGCGGCCAGGAAUAGAAAAAGAGCUAGAAUGGGUCUUCCACCUGAAGAAGAUGAACCUGUCUCAAAAUCAGAUGAUAAGGAGUUAGAAAAUAUAGAAAAUAAUGAAGAGGAGAAAAAGAAAUUCGAAGAAGCAGAAAAACUACGGGAACAGGCUAGGCGAAAACAUGUUCGCCCAUGGGAUAUCGGUAAAGAAGGUGCAAAGGAGCAUUAUGAAAUGAGUCAAACAGAGUGGAAUGAAAAGAAACGCGGAGAAAGAAUUGCAGAGUUUGCUCCGCCUUCGGUUUAUCAAAAGAAACGUGAUUUUCAUAGUUCCAAAGUUACAGACAUAUCAACUGAGGAGAACAUGGUUUUAAAGUUUACAUCGAAAAAGAAGAAAAUAAAUUCGCCAAGCAUUAAUCCUUAUAAAACUGUGAUCAUUCCAGAUGAGGAAUCUGAAUUUAGCCGUGGUCAUUCCUCCACAAAAGACCCUACAAUUGUGGAUGAAUCUACAAAUGAAUCAGCAAAUAUUGAAGAGUCGGUUGAUGCGGGUUUAAAAUUCUUAAGGAGACAAGCAGAGCAAAAAAUUUGCGAAUCUCCCUGGUAAAUUUAAAGUUUGUAUACCUAAUUAAAACCACAAUUGGGUUAAUAAAAGUU